AUGAGUUUGUGUUGUUACAGCGAUCCUGUGCUGAAGCUGUACCUCUGGGACAAGGUUGCGUUUGAGUUCUGUGAAAAGUUUAAAGCAUCUGGUGGCACUGCACGCGUUAUCUUGGUCACCACCUUAAACCCGAAAUGGUUUGGAGGCGUCCUAUCUAUAUCUUCUAUGGCGUCUUCACGGGUAUUUCUGGAUGGUGAUGUCGAAGAAACGCUGUUGUACCUCAGCUGGUUGGACUCGAACCUAGAUGUUGCCAGCAGAGUUAACACAGAGGUGGUCACUAAGCCUGAGUUAGCGACACUGGGAGACCUCUUCUCUUAUAUGAAUCAGGCAUCCGCUAAGGUUGCUUGGUUUGAGUGCACAGCAACAAUUUAUGAUGUCGUGAACGGUUCUGGAUGGUAUUAUAUAGGCUGCGGUGUGUGCCAUACUAAGGCAACAAAAGGUCCUACAACGCUUAUGUGUAAGAAAUGUGGGAAGAGUGAGAUCGUCGGUGUGCCGCAGUAUCUAUCGAAGCUCUCUGUAUAUGACCAUAGCGAUCAAGCCGUUUUUGUUGUCCUUGGUGAUGCUGGUGAGGAAUUGACUGGAAAGAAAGCUGCUGAGUUGGUGGAGCGAUAUUACGAGGCCAAUGAUAGUGUGGGAGAGGAUCACAUAGUUCCAGUGCCUCAAGCCAUGAUUGAUACCAUCGGACAGAUCCGGAAGUUCAUUGUGAAGGUAUCAACCCACAACCUGACUGCCAAGACCCAAACUUUAACUGUGACAAAAGUGCUCCCACUUGAAGCCCCAGAACCCGAAGGCAACGUAGGAGUGAACGUUGGUAAGGAAGGUGAUAGUGAGAGUGAGGAUCAUGCAGAUAAGUUGGUGAAAAGGGGUGCUGAUGGGAUUGAGUCGGAAGGUGUGAAGCGUGUCAAAUGUGGCUAAUGAAGUUGUCUUUACUGGAAUUGUUUUGUUUAAUGCUAAGCUUGGUUUUUUUUUUCUGGAUUUGUGUUUGCAGUUUUAACAAACUUUGCUAUGAUCUCUUUUGCUAAUAAUAUCUAUUAUUAAUCUCUUUUCAUGUUUUAAA